CCUUUCAUACUUGUUGCCUCAGUACAAACCCUUUCGUUGGACAUCCUUGCUCCAGUCCACUUCCCCGUCCGAUCAUUCCAUUAUCCAGAUUAUUGCGUCGAUCAUUGCCACAGAGGAAACACCAUUGAAUUUGAGCAAUGGACCUCUGACGUCUGCAAAUCAACCGCACAACGCUACGCCGAAGAGUUGGGUCCAAUAGUCAACUCAACUGCGAGAAAGUCGACGUGCAUUAAGGCAGCGGAGUUGUCCGUCCCGUCUCUACAUGCAUCAUCGCGUCGUAUAUUCGGGAGAUGUGCCUCCGGAGCCGGCGCGCACAACUUGCAUAAACUGUGGCAAACGGGCACACAAAACCACACUCUACGGAACCAAGCACUCCGAGAUCAACUCAUGCAAUCUGUACUGGAUAUAUCACAUCAUGGUCCCCGUUGGGAGCUCUUCCUCUCGGAAACCUCCAUCAUCACACAAUGUCGGACCCGGAAAAGCUCGCGACGAAAGAACACGAUGCCUCGCUCAUGGAAGAAGAUGUUGCCCAGUCCGAGUCUCCCAGCAACAUUGUCGGGUGGGAGGGCGAGGAUGACCCCGCGUGCCCGCUGAACUGGUCUUCGCGUCUCAAAAUCACCAACGUCGCCCUCGUGUCGACAUGGACGUUCCUCACCCCCCUCGCCUCUUCCAUGGUCGCCCCGGCCGUUCUGCAGAUUCUCACCGAGUUCCACAGCACCGACAUCACCCUUGGCUCCUUCAUCGUGUCGAUCUAUGUGCUGGGCUACGCGACCGGUCCCCUCUUCCUCGCACCGUUGUCCGAAAUAUACGGUAGACUUCCGGUCUAUCAUGUGAGCAAUGUUCUCUUCGUCGCUUGGACUCUGGCGUGUGCUUUCGCUCCCAACCUUGGCUCGCUGCUGGUCUUCCGCUUCUUCGAGGGGGUUGCCGGCGUGUGCGCCUUGACAAUUGGCAGCGGCACCAUCGCGGAUCUGAUACCGGGCGACAAGCGCGGCAAAUACAUGUCCAUCUACUCCUUGGGACCUCUUCUCGGCCCGGUGAUUGGGCCAAUUGCGGGCGCGUUCCUCAGUGAAGCAGAGGGCUGGCGCUGGAUCUUCAGAGUCUUGACCAUUGCCUCGGGAGUGAUGACGAUUGCCACCUACUUCACGAUGCGCGAGUCCAGCCAUGUCAUCCUGCUCCAGCGCAAGACCGAUCGUUUGCGCCGCGAAACAGGGAACCAGGACCUUCGCAGCAAGCUCGACCGUGGACUCACCCCCACACAAAAGUUCAGGCAGGCGAUUGUCCGGCCAACGAAGAUGCUCCUCUUUUCUCCCAUCGUCUUCCUUCUCAGCUUCUACAUGGCCAUCGUCUACGGCUAUCUCUACCUGCUCUUCACCACCAUCACUUCCGUCUACGAGCGGGACUACCACUGGAGCAGCGGCGUCGCCGGGCUCUCGUUCCUCGGCAUCGGCAUUGGCAUGUUCAUUGGCCUCUUCAUCUUCGCCACCACAUCCGACCGCACCGUCGCAAAGCUGAUGCGCAAGAACAACACCGAGCGCAAGCCAGAGUACCGCCUGCCAAUCAUGAUGCUCGGCGCUGCAUUCGUGCCAAUCGGACUGUUCUGGUACGGCUGGUCUGCCGAGAACCACCUCCCAUACAUCAUGCCCAUCGUCGGCACCGGAUGGGUCGGCGCCGGGCUUAUCUUGACCUUCAUGCCCAUCUCCACGUACUUGGUCGACGCCUUCACCGUCUACGCAGCCAGCGCCAUGGCGGCGAACACCGUCAUGAGGUCUCUCGUUGGCGCCUUCCUGCCUCUGGCUGGGCCUUCAAUGUACAAGGCGCUCGGGCUAGGCUGGGGCAACUCCGUGCUCGGCUUCAUCGCGCUCGCGCUGUGGCCGGUGAGCCUCAUCUUCUACUUUUACGGCGAGCGGAUUAGGACGAGCACGAGAUUCAAAGUGGAAUUCUAGCGAGAUCACAAUAGAGCAGUUGAAUGAUAUGCCAUGCCAGAGCUGUUCAGAGUUUUCAAUGAAAUCAGACA